AUGGUGGAGCUCAUCAAAUCCUGCAUGGCGGGGCUGUGCUUCUGCCCGAAAAAGUACAUCCUCGUUAUGAUGACGUUCUUCGCCAUCUUCAACCAGUACACGAUGCGAAUCUGUCUGCAUCUGGCCAUCACGGUGAUGACGGGUGACCGGAACGAUACCGCUUCCGGUGUAUCGCUGGCAGACCACGACCACUUCGAUUGGGACGAACACGAACAGGGCAUUAUCCUUUCGGCGUUCUACUGGGGCUACACGAUUUCGCACUUCGUGAGCGCUCUCUUUGCUGAUAAAUAUUCCAAGCAUCUGCUAGGGUUGAGCGUGUUGAUCACGGGCAUCCUUACGAUCCUGACACCACUCGCGAUCGAUGUCGGUGGCUCGUGGUUGUUGAUCGUAGUCCGCGUCGCUGAAGGCAUUGGUGAAGGGGCCACUUUCCCGGUGCUUAGUGCCCUCGUUGCUCACUGGAUUCCGGCGUCCCAACGCGGUUUUUACGGGUCGUUUAUCUUCAGCGGGUGUCAGAUCGGUGCAUUGGUUGGUGGCAUUGGAACUGGGUAUUUUAUCGAAGCACACAACACCUGGCGAACGACGUUCUACAUCUGGGGCAUACUCGCCAUCGUGUGGUACGUGUUUUGGCUGUUCAUUGGGUUCGAAAGUCCCGAAACGCAUCCGUACAUCAGCGAGGAGGAACGGUCCGAGUUGGUGGCCCAGCUGGCCGAAAGCCGGAAAAGCAUGCACACGUAUCCGAUCCCGUGGCGUAGGAUUUUCACAUCCUGCCCGUUGUGGGGCCUGAUUGCGGGUCAAAUCGGGCACGAUUGGGGCACGUAUCUAAUCAUCACCGAUCUGCCAAAGUACAUGAAGAGCAUCCUGCGCAUUUCGGUGAGCGAUAAUGGGCUCGUCACGUACACGCCGUUCUUCAGCAUGUGGUUGUUCUCGAUCGCUGGUGGAUGGAUCUGCGAUAUGCAGAUUAAAAAGCAGUGCUUGUCGAGAACGAAUGCACGUAAAUUUUGGACCACGCUUGGGUCGCUCUUUCCGGCGUUGUUCAUGAUGGCGGCAUCUUACACGGGCGAAGAUAAGGUGAUGGUGGUGACGUACUUUGCGUUGUGCGUUACGUUCCUGGGAGGGUUUUAUCCCGGUGUGAAGGUGAAUACGAACGAUCUUAGUCCUAAUUUUGCUGGUGUGCUUAUGGGAAUGGUCAAUGGAAUCGGUGCCAUUACGGGCAUUGUUACACCUUAUUUGGCUGGACUUCUUACUCCAAAUCAAACGUUAGAAGAGUGGCGAGUCGUGUUUUGGAUCGCGUUUGCCGUCCUCAACAUAACCAAUCUUAUUUUCAACCUGUUUGCGUCGGGCGAAAUUCAACCGUGGAACUAUCCGAACCAGCAGAACCCAUAA